CGCGCCUUUCGGUGUCCACCGGUUCCCAGCCCAACAGAACCGACCGGGUUCCGCACACCUCCCGCUGCAGCUCGAGCCGCGCGCUAGAGCGCCAGCGUCCAGGCCAUGAGGGUCCCGCUGGCCAGCCUGCUCUUCUGCUCCCUGGUCGUGAUCCACGCCCAGGGUGCGCAUGGAUAUCGUUGGAGGUCCCAUUCAAGGGACUGUGGCUGUCUGAACGGAGGCACCUGUGUGUCCUACAAGCAUUUCUCCUACAUUCAUGCCUGCCUCUGCCCAAGCAAAUUUGAAGGAGAGCACUGUGAGAUAGAUACAUCAAAAACCUGCUACGAUGGGAAUGGCCACAGGUACCGAGGAAAGGCGGACAUGGACAUCAUGGGCCGGCCCUGCCUGGCCUGGAACUCUCCGGCUGUCCUGAAGAACACGUACCAUGCCCACAGACAUGACGCCGUUCAGUUGGGCCUGGGGAAGCACAAUUUCUGCAGGAACCCUGACAAUCAGAGAAGGCCGUGGUGCUAUGUGCAGGUGGGCCUAAGGCAGCUGGUCCAGCAGUGCAGGGUGCAAGACUGCUCCGAGGGAAGAGGGUCUUUCUCAACCCCUGCAGUGAACUCAGAGUUUCAGUGCGGCCAGAAGACUCUGAGACCCCGCUUCAAGAUUGUUGGCGGGGAUCAGACCUACAUUGAGAAUCAGCCUUGGUUCGCAGCCAUCUACCGGAGGCACCGCAGCGGCUCGGUCUCUUACUUGUGUGGUGGAAGCCUCAUCAGCCCAUGCUGGGUGGUCAGCGCCGUACACUGCUUCAUUCAUUACCCCAAGAAGGAGGAGGACUACAUCGUCUACCUGGGUCGGUCAAUGCUCAACUCCGGGACCCCCGGGGAGCAGAAGUUUGAGGUGGAAGAGCUCAUCUUGCACGAGAACUACAGUGCAGACACGCUGGCUCACCACAACGAUAUCGCCUUGUUGAAGAUCAGGUCGAGCCUGGGCCAGUGCGCACAGCCUUCGCGCUCAGUACAGACCAUCUGCCUGCCCCCGCUGUAUGGCGACAACCGGAUUGGCACAAACUGCGAGAUUACCGGCUUUGGAAAAGAGGAUCCCUCUGACUAUAUGUACCCGGAGCAGCUGAAGAUGACGGUCGUGAAGCUGAUCUCCCACCGGGAGUGUCAGCAGCCCCACUACUAUGGCUCUGAGGUCACCCACAAAAUGCUAUGUGCUGCCGACCCUCAGUGGGAAACGGAUUCCUGCCAGGGAGAUUCAGGGGGGCCACUCGUCUGUUCCAUCCAAGGCCGCCUGUCUCUUACUGGCAUCGUGAGCUGGGGCAGUGGGUGUGCCGAGAAGAACAAGCCGGGUGUCUACACCAGGGUCUCACGCUUCCUAUCCUGGAUCCAGACUCACACCCGGGAUGACAAGCGGGACUGGGACUGGGACUGGUCCUCCGAGGCCCGCAGGAGCUGAAAGAAGACACGUGUACCUUACUUCUUACUUACAGAAGAUGUCAUUUCCCGCUGACAGUCACUCCUGACAAGGGGCCUUGCCAACAGUCAGAACUGAGGAAUGUUGACUUAGGCCGCCCCUUGGGGAGCGACUCGCUUUAGCUCAAAUCCAAGGCCUGGGUGCUCGCUGUUCAGACCCCGCCGCCCGCUGGCCGGGAUGGAGGGGCAGGCCUGACCCAUGAUAGUAUUGACCUUUCUCAGGAUGGAAGCCCUCUUGGAGUUAACCAUGGCGUCUCCUCACCCGGGAGGAAGAAGAGCUGACUCCCCCCUGUGCAGGGUGUUCUCAUGGCCUGCGGUGGGGAAACGGACCGUUUCCCAAUUAGGAAGUGUAACAGAACUGAGAUCUCGUGAGGGAGCUUGGCCAACGUGGGAACAGCACUCUGGGGAGGGAAGAGCCUAGUGACUAAGAGAGGAACGCUGACAUUCCGCGAAUGUAUCGGGAAAUGUGUGUGUGUGUGUGUGUGUGUGUUUACACGCUGGUUGUGCGUGGGCUGUGUUGUGUGAGGAGGAGCUGGAUCAGCCUCGCUUUUCCCUUCCACUCUGUGACCCGUCCGGAGAGGUCAGCUCUGAGCCUCCAGGUGCUGAAGCCCGUGAAAGUUCAUUCUGGUCCACAGCCCGCAACCGGCACUCUGCGUCUAUUCCACUUCCACACAUGUGACCCACUUUUAUGGCCAGUUAUCGCUUCAGACCUCCCUGCCUCGUUCAUAUCAUCCUCACUGAGUGGGGUCAGUACCACUCCUGUACACUGAAUAUUUAAUUAAUUAUAUUCCACUAUUUUUAUUUAUGUCUAUUUUUUAUAAUUUUGAGUAUAGGUGAUCAUUAAAGGUGAUUUUCUUUUUCC